AUGACGCCAUCGGAGUCGCAUGUUGUAGCCGCGUGGACCUGGAAAACUGUAUUCGCUUCGUAUCCAACUUUCAUCCCGCUCUUCAAUUUACGCACACAAUCUCUGACACUGAACUCUCUUUUCUCGAUAUCACGUAUUUACUACAGGGACACUGACACCCACACCUAUCUUCAUCAUCAGUCCUCACAUCCCAGCCACUGUAAAAAAGGUCUUCCUCGCAGUGAACUCUUGGGACUUCGCCGUCUGUGUUCUGAACACUCAGAUUUUCUGGAAAAGGGCGGUGAAAUGGUGUCUUUCUUUGAACAACGUGGAUACUCCCCCGCCUGUUUACAGAACGAUCUCCAGGCCAUCCGACGGUUAGACCGGGCUGGUGUACUAAAUAAUCACAAGCCCUCUAAUCAAAGAUCAGAAAGGAUUUCUUUGGCUCUUACUUACCAUCCUUUAAACGAAAGAAUCAAGAGAAUCCUACUUCGUAAUUUCAACAUCUUGUCGAGUGAUCCUGAAACCAGAGCAGUCUUUCCGCAGCCACCGCUGGUCGCCUAUCGCCUCCGCGAUAUCCUCGUGCACACUUUGGAAAGCAGCCAAUCCAGUUUUCAGGCGGGUACAUCUCCGUGCUUACACGCUCGCUGCUGCACUUGCCAUUACAUUUCUAGCGACACUAGUGUCCGUGGCCCUCAAAACUCUUUUGUCAUCAAGAAGGCGUUCUCUUGCCAAACGUCUAGCUUGGUCUACUGCAUCUCCUGUCGCCGUUGCCCUGCCCUCUAUAUCGGCGAAACAGGGCGUACUUUAAGACAAAGUUUUGGCGAACACCUUCGGAGCAUUGAAAAGAACUUGCCGGGGUUUCCUGUGGCUAAACAUUUUAACACGGCUGGUCACUCAAUCGACGACGCGUUGGUUCGAGGAAUGAUGCUCUCUGUAGAUAACGCGCAACGGAAGCGCCUGGAAAUGCGACUGAUAUUUCAACUUGGCACCAGUCAGCCCCGCGGUUUAAACUCCGACUUCCGUUUCCUCUAG